UGUUCUCUAGCAGUCGCUGCGCCGGGUCCCAGAAUAGUCCUGCGCCACGAUUCGAACCACGCGUGGCCCGCUGCCCAGCCGGCCCUGCAAGCCGGUGAUCCGCGUGUCCCUCCGAUAUGUCAUCCUGCAGCCGCGUGGCGCUGGUGACCGGGGCUAACAAGGGCAUCGGUUUCGCCAUCACGCGUGACCUCUGUCGGAAGUUCUCGGGGGACGUGGUGCUCACCGCCCGGGACGAGGCAAGGGGCAAGGCGGCGGUGCAGCAGCUGCAGGCGGAGGGCCUGAGCCCGCGCUUCCACCAGCUGGACAUCGAGGACCUACAGAGCAUCCGCGCACUGCGCGACUUCCUACGCAAGGAGUACGGGGGACUUAACGUGCUGGUCAACAGCGCGGGCAUCGCCUUUAGAAUGGAUGAUUCAGCGCCCUUCGACAUUCAAGCAGAGACAACACUGAAGACGAACUUCUUCGCCACUAGGAAUGUCUGCUCGGAGUUACUGCCCAUCGUGAAACCGCAUGGGAGAGUGGUGAACAUCAGCUGUCUGCAGGGGUCAAAGGCUCUGGAAAACUGCAGUGAAGAUCUUCAGGAAAAGUUCCGAUGUGACACCCUUACAGAAGGGGACCUGGUCGACCUCAUGAAAAAGUUUGUGGAGGACACCAAAAAUGAAGUCCACGAGAGGGAAGGUUGGCCAGACUCAGCCUAUGGGGUGUCCAAGCUGGGGGUGACAGUCCUUUCAAGGAUCCUGGCCCGGCAGCUGGAUGAGAAAAGGAAAGGAGACAGGAUUCUACUCAAUGCCUGCUGCCCGGGAUGGGAGGGCUCCAGGACCGCGGAGGAGGGGGCUGAAACCCCUGUUUACUUGGCCCUCCUGCCUCCAGAUGCCACUGAGCCUCAGGGCCAGCUGGUCUGUGACAAAGUCGUGCAAACAUGGUGAACAUCUGCUCUGACUUAAUGGUAUAGUAAACGUUGGCGAGAAAUGAACGGAGACUGACAUAGUUUGAUCCUCUCUGCACAUCGAGAAAGAAGGGCCCUUCGUACCUGCGUGGUUCCACAAUCAAAAUCUGAACGAUUUGCUGUGUCCAAACUCUUUUCCGUCCUAAUCUUGCAUCAAGUCAAUUGGUACUGCUCUGUUUUUCAAAUAAAAAAAUAAAAAAGGUUUGCUUUUACUUUA